GGAGAUGAAACAGUGAGUGAAUAUCACGACACGAUGGCCUCAUCCUCAGGCUAAGAGACGGGAGAUCGCGAGUAUGGAUUACGUGCAGAUAUAAAUUCUGCAUCCCACGGCAACCAAACUCCGCUAUUCGAGGCGUUCAUUUGUUCCUGAUUCGGGGGUUCCAGAGCUUGGAUCCGGCCGGCCACGCGAGAUAUUAUCACCGCGGAGAUUCUGUCCUUCCCCCUUUAAUCGACGCUCCACUCUUCAGGGCAUCAUCGUCGUCGUGUUUGUCGUCCUUGCGAAAAUCGUCUCUUUCCAUUCUGUUGACAGCACAUUCGGCACCAUGGCUUCGAAUUCGCCGCCAGAGUCAUCUUCGCAGUCGACUUUCGACACCUGCGCCAAGGGAGAUUUCCAGGAAUCACCCCGAAAGCGCAGGCGCCUGUCUAUUGGCUUCUCGGUCAACCAUGAACCCAGUGCGUCUGUGUUUGGACCAUCGCCGCCCGGUAACCCGACGCAAGAGAGUCGCGAUUACCACGCAGUCAGCGACGUCUCAGUCGCGGGGAAUACCCAACUUGACUUGCCCGAGAGGAGCAUCGCCCCAUUCCUCACAAAGCAUAUACGCGACCAGCAUGCUGUUAUGAAUCAAUUUGAGCCAUUGGCGGCCCCAAGCAGUUCAAGAAACCCAAAUUCCAGGUAUUGUUAUCGACAUCGGCCGGAUUUAAAGUGUCGACGACAAGCGGAUGAAAUUACUAUGGAUCAGAUGCAACGCGAGCUCCAUACCCUGUCUCAAAACGAUCAGCGGAGCAUUGCGCACUUUUGGGCGUUGUUCUCGGCUGCUCCUUCGAAACACCGAAAUUUGAUGCUGCGAGGCAUCCUUGCCCAAUGCUGCUUCCCUCAGCUUUCGUUCUUGUCCGCUAGCGUCCGUGACCUUAUCCGAAUCGACUUCCUGACAGCAUUACCACCAGAGAUAUCAUUCAAAAUCCUAUGUUGUCUUGAUACCGCCUCGCUAUGUAAAGCGGCGCAGGUUUCUCGUCGCUGGCGUGAUCUGGCGGAUGACGACGUUGUCUGGCACAGAAUGUGUGAGCAGCAUAUUGAUCGGAAAUGCAAGAAGUGUGGAUGGGGCCUUCCAAUCCUGGAUCGCAAGAGGCUAAGAGAUUCACGACGGCAGAUCCAACUUCGCGCCACUGGGAAAGAUUCAGAUAGAAAGAGCGCGACUCCGGAGGCAAUGGAUGCUGAUGAGGACUAUUUCAAGACCCAAUACCGUCCCUGGAAAGAUGUUUACAGGGACCGAUUCAAGGUCGGUAUCAAUUGGAAGCAUGGGAGAUGCACUACGAAGAUAUUUAGGGGUCAUAGCAACGGCGUGAUGUGCCUGCAAUUUGAGGAUAAUAUUCUUGCUACUGGUUCAUACGACACAACUAUCAAGAUUUGGGAUACGGACACCGGCGAGGAGCUGCGAACACUUCAUGGCCACCAAUCUGGAAUCCGAUGUUUGCAGUUCGAUGACACGAAGCUUAUUAGCGGGAGUCUUGAUCGUACAAUCAAAGUUUGGAAUUGGCGGACUGGGGAAUGCAUAUCCACAUACACCGGUCAUCAUGGAGGGGUUAUCUGCCUCCAUUUUGAUGCCACAACGCUCGCAUCAGGGUCCAUGGACAACACAGUCAAAAUCUGGAACUUCCACGACAAGUCAACACGGAUUUUGCGGGGCCACGCUGACUGGAUUAACUCGGUGAAAAUCGAUUCUUUAUCACGUACAGUCUUUACUGCAUCGGAUGACCUGACCGUGCGCCUGUGGGAUUUGGAUACCGGAAACUGCAUUCACACUUACGCAGGCCAUGUGGGUCAAGUGCAACAGGUUGUUCUCCUCCCGCGAGAAUUUGAAUUUGAAGAACACGACGGCGAUGAUACUCGGAGUAUUACUUCUACCGGAACCAGCACAGAGCUGGAACAUGAACAUCACCAUCAUGACCACAACGACCCGGAGGAGACGUCUCUCUCUGCACCGUUUUCCCUACCAAUGUCUCCCGCGUUUGACGCACUAUUCGCCAAGGAUCGCCCAGCUCCUCCACGAUACAUGGUCACUGCCGCUCUUGACUCGACUCUCCGUCUUUGGGAAGUUCCGACUGGUCGAUGCCUGAGGACGUUCUUCGGGCAUAUUGAAGGAGUUUGGGCUCUUGGCGCGGAUACUCUCCGAAUAGUCUCCGGUGCUCAAGACCAUAUGACCAAGGUUUGGUGUCCUAGAACAGGCCGCUGUGAAAGGACUUUUACCGGACAUACAGGGCCAGUUACAUGUAUUGGUUUGAGCGAUAGCAGACUUGCGACAGGGAGUGAGGAUUCAGAAGUGCGGAUGUAUAGUUUUAGGUGCUAAACCAAACUUUGCUAUGUCCUCCACUUGGAGAUUUUUUUCGUGGCACGAAUUAAAGAUAUGCCUCGAGAUGUAUUUACUUAAUUUUAUUAUACGAAUCCGGCAUAUU